AUACCCCCCCCCCCCCCCAUUGGCGACGCCCCUGGGCACAGUCCAAUGGGCAUGAAGAAGCACAGGAGCAGUAGCUUGCUAGCGUAUACCAGUUAACCAGUUAACCAGCUACCAUAAGUGAAGCACAACGUUCAUUUAUGGUGUAAUGUUUUGACCAUAGCCUACCAUGGGUCGUUUUCAUGAGAUUUUAACUUCUCCAAGUUUACCUUUGGUGGUGUGUACCUUCUUAAGGACAACCAAUAUUGUAGGUAUUAUCAAGACCAUUGGAAUUUACUUGGAAGAUAUCAACAUUAGUAUUGGAACUACAUCGACGGAUAUCGGAAUUGCUCUUGGUCUCCUCUUUGCAUUCAGCCACUUUCCAGGUCCGAUCAUUGCUGCCCUCUAUCGUCACCAUUCGACUCGUCGUCUGCUUUUGAUAUCCGGUACAUGUCUCCCUCCAUUGGGCGUGGCUUUGACAUCCAUGGCAACCAGCAACGCUCAAAUAACAAUCUAUCUGUCAAUAGCCGGUCUUGGAAACUGUAUAGUAAUGAUAUGUUGUACCAUGACAUUGCACCAUGUGGCUAAGGAGAAUUUCAACCUAAUUUACAGCCUUGGUAUGACUGGAUAUGGUGCCGGAAUGGUUCUGUUACCGCUCUUAGCUGAAUUCUUACGUCAAGCUUACGGUUGGAGAGGAGGACUGCUCAUCAUUAGCGCGCUGAUGGCACAUAUUAUCCCAGUUGCCAUGGCAAUUAAGUUUCAUUCAGAUGACAGUAGCAAGCAGAGAAAAGGUUUUCGACGUGUCCCAAGUUCGCUCCCAGGGGUUAACGAGGGAGAAGAAUGCAAAAGUAGCACCUGUCAGAACACAAAAGGUGACAACAGUGACGAUAUUGGAGUUGUUCGUACAAUCGCCAACAGCCUCCGCCAAUCAGAUUUUUACGUGGAUCCUGUGUUAAAUGUGAUAUUUGGUUUAGGUUUCGCGCUUUGUAUGGUUUGGAGCGGUUGGCACUCCUUUCUUGUACCUCAUGCUCUGCAGAGGGGGAUCUCUGUCCGGAACACCAUUAUCAUCACUUUCUCUGCUGCAAUAGGGAAUUCCUUAAGCAGGCUUGCGGCAGGCGUCCUUACCAACGGCCUCGUCAAACCUGUCACUCUCUAUCUCUUCGCUACAAUCCUGAACAUCGCCGCUCUUCUUUGCGAUGUUUAUUUCGUCAACUACUACGUCAUGUUGUCGACGUCAUGUAUCUCCGCAAUGUCGAUAGGAGUUCGGUCGGUGUUACAUCAGCUGGUUCUGAGGGAUAGAGCGUCUCCCGAGAAGUUUGAUGUCGCGUAUGCAGUCGACCAAAUGUUUAUCGGAUUCGGGGUGUUUCUUGGCGGCUAUUUAUGUGGCAUGAUUGCGGAUCACUUCUCGUCUUACGACGCAACGUUUAAACUAUUAGCUUGUCUCGACGUCGUCGUACUCCUCCUCAUAGUGGUUGUGAGAUGCAGACCGAAAGCUAACCCCGUCUGACCGUGCAGUAUCAGAAGUGUCUUACAGAUAUCGUUUUAGUGAGCUCUAAAAGCGAGGUCAUGAAGAAUUUCGUUUUUUUUUUUUUUUAGCGUAACAUCGUUUUACAAACUGUUUUCUUUUUCUUGUUUACAAACGUACUUGGAGCAUAUUAUAUCAUAGUUGAUAAUCAACUGAAACAUACUUUCUUUUAACAUACUGAUCAUAAAAAUACAUAAAUUGUAAAUAGACAGUGUAUAUAAUCUAAUCUAAGAAAAUGUUAUCUCUUUGUUUAAUGUAAUUCAUAUCUUUAUAUUAUAUAGCACAUCAAAAAUAACAUUUGAAUAGAAAAAUCAGAUGCCAUGCAACAAUAUUUUAACAAUUCUGACCAGGUCUUGUGAAUUGCAGCAAAAAACAACAACAGAGGGACAAAAUACUAACAGAAGAAACAACAACAAGAUCAGAGAACAAGAAACAAGAAGAAGAAAAAAACAUUAAAACAUAAAUAUACAGACGCAGUUAAUGUUGGUCGUGGCUGCAUCCCUCCCUCGCACGGUUUGAAGGUCCAUGUGUUAGGUCCAUGGGAGGACCCUAUUUUGUAUAACAUUGUUAAUUUGUUGCCACCUCACUCUGUGUUUAUAUCAUUUGUUUUUCAUUUUGGCUAUUUCCUCUCCAAUUCAUUUGUACAUGGUUAUAUAGCGGACAAAAUAUUUUUAUUUGGUUUAAGUGUUUUGGUAUUCAUGCAUAAUUUUAUUAUGUCUUGAAUCAUUGAUGAUGGCAAGUAAUUUAUGGGUUCUAUGAAAGAGUUAUUAUUAUUAAAUAGAUUAUACGAUGGCAUGGUUCCAAACAGAUAUAUAUAUUAGGUGAGGUGAGGAAUAAUACUCUAGAGACCGUAAGGACUAACUCAACCCGUUUAGAAGAAGAAGCAUAAACAUGUACUAUUUGGGCGUUGCAAGAAAGUUGCAAUCCAUUGCAAAUCCCCCAAAUCAAGCGUAAGCGUAAGCGAUUAAUCGCAAAUUUGCAAUUGAUCGCAACUUGACUUUCUUGCAACGCCCCAUUAGUAAGAGAGAGAGAGAGAGAGAGAUAGAGAGAGAGAGAGUGGGGGGGGGGAAUAAAAGCUAUAUCUACUUAACUUAAUCUAAUUGUUAACAAUGUAAUCCUUACAAAAUCCUAGCAAAUUUAGGAGACUAGUUGGGCGUUGCAAGAAAGUUGAGUUGCAUUCGAUUGCAAAUAUCAGUUGCAAAUUUUGCAACUUAUUGUCUUAUUGCUAUGGCCUUAUCGGUAAAUAUCGUUGUAUGAUCAGAAACAAAUAAAGAUUAAUGAGUUGUUUACUAAA